GAGUGGACAACCCUAAGUUCCAGUAAUAGUUUUCUUGUUUGUAGUGAAGUGAAAUAUCAAAGUGCUAUGCCCGGGGUUGGCAGAGGCGACGGCCAAGGGCCGGCGGUUGGAAAACUCGAGUCGCAGAUUUAUUGCAUCAAGUAUACUUUGUUCUGCUUCAACAUUGUACUGUGGUUAUUCGGUGCAGCAGUGUUCGCCCUGUGCCUAUGGAUAUGUAUCGAGCCGGGCUUCAACGAGUGGAUGAAUAUCCUACAACUGCAGAAGUACUUCAUCGGUAUCUACAUAAUACUUAUCGGAUCCAUAGCCGUUAUGUUUGUGACCUUCCUUGGAUGCGGGUCGGCGCUGAUGGAAAAUGUUAAGCUUUUAUAUGCGUACAUAAUAUCACAAAUAGCGUCCUUCGUUUUUGGACUUGUCGGCGCAUGCGUCGUUUUGGACUUCUCCACAUACGACUCUAGCAUCCAGCCUCUCAUCAAAGACGUGGUGCUGAGGUUGAUGAAUAACCCUCAACAUGAAGGCAGCCGGGAAAUACUGCGGAUGGUACAAGAAGGCAUUGGGUGCUGCGGUGCCGACGGUCCCAUGGACUUCCUGCACCUGAACAAGCCUCUGCCAUCAGAAUGCCGGGACUCUGUCACCGGCAACGCCCAUUUCCACGGCUGUGUGGACGAGCUGACCUGGUUCUUGGAGAGCAAGACGGGUUGGCUGGCCGGCAUCGUCCUCGCUUCUUGCAUGAUAAGUGUGGUAAACGCCGUCAUGUCAUUGGUCCUCAUCCAAGCUGUCAAGAAAGAAGAAGACGAAUCAGUGACGUACAAAAAUUAAAAAAACUACAAUAAGAUAAUCAUAAUUUUUAGACUUAAUAUGAUAUAGAAAUAGAUUUGUAUUUUAUUUUUAUAUUUUAUGUUAUUUAAAAUAGAAACAACGACGUCACUUUCAACAGAAAUGGCCUUAAAAUGCCGCAUUUAUAUAUGUUCUACUAAUUGGGACUAAAUACAUAAUAAAAUAUAAUGUUAUGUAAACUUUACCACCGUCUUAUUAUGUUAAGUUACCACAAUUUAAAUAUGUGACAAGUUAUUUUAAUAAAACAAUAAAUCUGAAAAA